CACACUGCAUAUCGCAUGCUAUGGUGGUCUAACCAUAAUAUCCCAUAUCCUAAUGUAGUCACAAGCUAUCCACUAUGCAGCUGUUUGUCAAGUGUCCAUUGGUGACCUCUACUAGUAUGUACUGCAAUGGUCCAAUUGCUCUGGAGGUCAACUCUACUGACACUAUUGGAGAAGUGAAGACACUGAUUCAAGAGAGAGGAGGACUCAAGGUUGAGGUUCAGCAGUUGACCUUCCUUGGAGAGAGCCUGGAGGACAGCAGGACAUUGGACAGCUACAAUAUAGCCAGCAACUGUCUACUGGAAGAAACCAGAGCUUGUGUAGCAGUGGGAAUUAAUAGCAUGAACGCGAGUCCAGAUCUGAACAAAGUCAUCUUGUUGGAGAUACAUGAGGACCUAAAAGAAACUGUUGGAGAUCUUAAGGCUAUGAUCAAAGAAAGAGAAGGAAUCCCAAUCCAUCAUCAGCAAGAACUUCAUCAUCUAGACAAACUACAAGACGAUAUGACUCUUGGUGACUCGGGAAUCAAGAAUGGGACUAUAAUUUACUUGGUGGUACCAGCAGCAGUCAAAAAAGUAUCCAUGACGAUAUAUGUGAAAACUCUGACAGGCAAAACCAUCACUCUGAACAUUCACUCUCUUUACACAGUUUUUCUAGUCAAAUACAUGAUCUAUGAGGAAGAGGGGAUUCCACCAUCUCAACAGCGAAUCAUAUUUGCAGGGAAACAGAUAGAAGAUGGCAGAAAACUUUGUGAUUACAACAUUCAGAGUGAGUCCACCUUGCAUUUGGUGCUGAGGCUUCGUAGUGGUAUGUGUAUAUUAGUGGAGACUCCUAAUGGCAGGACAAUCUUUCUCGGGGUUAAGCCCAGUGACACUAUCAAGGAGGUUAAAACAAAGAUCCAAGACAGAGAAGGUAUACCACCUGAUGCCCAGCGUUUGAUAUUUGCUGACAAACAGUUGGAAGAUGGUAAAACUCUGAGUGACUACAAUAUUUAUGACGACAAUAUUCGAAAGGAGAAAACUCUUCAUCUUAUUGCUUAUCCUGUAACUAUCAAAACUACCAGUGGUGAAUUCACAGUGUCAACCGUUGAAAAUUGUACAGUUCGUGACCUCAAGUAUUCUAUAUGGGAUAUGAAACAAAUUCCACCAGAAUGUCAAAAAAUCCUUCGUGGUGAUCAAGUGCUUAACUUGAGUGAUCCUAUUCCCUUUCGUGAUGUAGUGCAUCUUCAGAUUCAACAAGAACCAGUUUCUAGUGUAUUUGUUGCUAACAGAAACUCCGAAAUUAUCUCCAUUUCUGUUACAGCUCAAACUACUGUUAAAAGUAUCAAAGCAAUGUUAAUAAUGAAAACCGACAUUUUCUCAAUGUGUAUGACCCUCGACAACCUAUUGUUCAAUGGAAUGAAACUGGAUGAUGGUAGUAAUGUUAAGGACUGCAACAUUCGAGCUGGAAGUCUGGUAAAUUUCAUAAGUAGUACCAAUUAUGGCUUCAGUUGUAACGUUCACUUUGCUGACAAGAGAGAACAUGUCAGUAUGGAAGUAAACAGUACAGAAACUGUCCUAUCACUCAAAGCACGACUCCAGGCCGAGGUUCCCGAGGUACCUUCACCAUGUCUACAGCAACUGACCAUCAAUGACUCACCAAUGGAAGACUCUCAGACAAUGGGAGAAUGUGGAACAAAUCAACGUGAAUAUCAAUGUAAUUCAAAUCCAGUAAUGUUGAGUGUACAACCACCACAUCGAAUGUUUGUUAGGACUUCCACGGGCAGUGUAAUCGAGGUUGGCAUUUAUUCUGAAAAAGAGGUUGUCAGUUUAAAGCGUUUAAUCCAAAUGAAAACCUUUGUUGAAAUAAACAAACAACAGCUUUAUUAUAGAGGGAAAGUACUUGAUGACAAGCACACUAUCAACAGCUACAAUCUUCCCCCUAAUCAAUUGCUGCAACUAUGUGUGUCUCAGUGCAUCCAUGAGCCACUACAAGAGGAGGUGGGCUCUCAGGGGAAGCACAUCCUCUGGCCUCAAUAUGGGGUGGAGGUGAACGUCCCACCUUGGGUAAUCAGUGACGGCCAUGCUAUAUUGAGGGUGUAUGAUGGUCUGAGUGCCACCUGUUUUGAGUACCCCCACGAGUACAUCCCCCACAGCAAUGUGUACGAGCUCAUCAUCUCCUCCAGGGGAGAGGACCCACGAGGAGUGACAGUGACCCUGUCCAAAUUCAGACCACACCCCAACCUUUGCUUGAUGACCGCCUCUGGUGACCCUUCCAAAUGGACCCCAGAUCUUGCCCCAGUCUUCAGCUUCUCUAAAGUGGAAGGAAUGGAGUCUCCACUCAGCACAGGAAAGGUGGAGGUUACCCUCAAGGAUAGUGGAGUCUACCUCUUUGUAGCAGGUCACCAACUUCUGUCUGAGAAUACAAGACUGCACAUGUCAAGGCCCUCCCCUCGACUUGUUGUGGAACCAGUUACUAGUACAGCUCAGCUUCCAAAACCAGUCUACUCUCCACAUGCCCCACAUUACCAAGAGCCCUUCAGGGAAUAUUCUCCAUAUCUUCCUCCCCAACAAGAUAUUGCACCUACUUCACAGCAAAAAAGACGUCCUAUCCCACAGCCAAGACGAUAUCCUCUUCCUCAACGAGUCCCUCUAGCUCAGCUUCCAGAACCAGUCUACCCCCCACAUGCCCCACAUUAUCAAGAGAGAAGUGAAGCAACAACUGAAAGUGCUACUGGGGAGGAACUUGUAGCCAAACCUGAUGGUCAUAAUGCUAUGAAUCAAAAGAUAUUUCACAGUGAUUUUUCAGAAGUUUAUGAGCUAUUGUGGCCUGCUAGGAGCGAAUGGCACAACUUGGGAAUUGCUCUCAAAGUAAACUUGGACAAACUGGCAAGCAUCAAGAAAUCCAACCCAAGUAACUGCGAGGACUGCUUCAAAGCUAUGCUUGUGAGCUGCUCAGAGACAAACCGCAGUAUCACUUGGACUGGUUUGUGUGAAGCCCUCAGGAGACCAACAGUGGGUCGUAAUGAUGUGGCAGAGAAGAUUGAAGCAACACUUCCAACAAGACCGAGCCUUUGUAGCAAUGGUUAUCAUAGCAACCGACCACUGUCCGACAAUACAAGACAGCACAUGUUGAAACCCUCUCCUCCGCGUCUUGCGGAACCAGUGGUUUCAAGAGCCCCUCCUUAUCUUCAUCCCUCACAAGAACCAGUCUACUCCCCACAUGCCCCACAUUAUCAAGAGUCCUCCCCAGAAUACAAGACACUGCUGUCCUGCACACCACAGCUCAAUGACAUCAUAGCUCAAGACCCACAGAAAACCUGCGAUGAGAUGAUUGCAGCUGGUCUCAUUCAGUCGGUUUACAUACGAGAAUUUAUCCGCCACCCCACACACACCGACCGUGCCAAGGCAACCAAGUUGGUGGACUUCAUGACGGAUCGAGUCAAAACCUCUCCCUCUGACUUUGACAAGUUUAUGGCAAUCCUGAAAAGAUUGUCCUGGACUGAGCGCAUUGUAGGCCUCCUCCUCACUACACUAGCACACAACAGGACGCAAUAGUUGUUUUAGUAUGGUGUACUUUUGUGUAUACAUCUACGUAAUAUAUAAUUGUGUUCUUGUGGCUUUUUGUAUUUUGUUGCAAUAAUGAUGUGUUUACAUAUGACGUCA